AUGCAGCCUAUCAGAUCCACGCGUCGCAAGAAAGAGCUCAAGAAAGAGCACCCUCUCAUCAAGAAGUCCAAGAAAACGAAAGGCCUCAUCGGCCUUAUCGCCAAUGCGGAUGACCCCAUCACCGCAUUGUCGCCAGCGAUCGUAAUCAGCGCAGUAGAAACCUACAGAAAGAAGUUCCCCAUCACCAACUUUCUGCACUACCCUUCUUUAAUUUCCGACAUAUCCGCCAACGUCCACUCGGUCGAUUCCGUUUUCGUUGCCUCGGUUCUUUCAUUGUGCGUCCGGUUCAUGAGCAGUGAUGAACUUAAAGAAGAGGAUUUCUAUGCCGACUAUGCGCGCAAACAUCUGGCCCAGCGCGUUCUUGAAGCUCCGUCGCUCUACCUUGCCCAGUCGCUUGUGAUGAUCUCAUUCUAUGAAUGGGGGUCUGGACGACCAUAUCAAGCGUGGAUGUACAGUGGAAUGGCUACCUACAUGAUCCAAUCACUUCUCAAAAUGGCAGAUGACAGCAUGGAACACAACCCGCAAGAAUUCCACGCAUCUCAAACACAAUACGAACAACUGGUCAGGACCUACUGGUGCUGUUUCGCGCAAGACUGCGAACUGAGUUCCGGAGCACGGCAACAUUUUGCACUUUCAUUCUCUCAAAUCUCUGUACCCCUCCCAAUCAGCGACCGGGACUUUACUUUCAAUCAUAUGCCCGCUAGCAGGUUAAUGCCCGCUGAUAUGAACAAGGGGUGUGCAUUGGCCAGGGAUCUGACAAUUGAGCACGGUCUCACAAUUGUAACUCGAGGAUUCGACAUCUUCGUUCGAAUUUUGAGAUUUGCGAAUGAACAUCGACGCGCGCUGGCUUCUAUGUCUUCGGAUGAUUCCGCGACAUCACCGUUGCUUUUGACGUGGCAGAGAUUAAAAGAAGAACUGGAUGAAUGGAGGUUUCUCCAGGAUAAUACCGUUCGAUAUCCCGAUACUAGUGUUCAAUCUCACGUGGCUCUUGGGUAUGGAGAGCUGUUCGCAUAUAUCAAUUUGGUGUAUUGCAUGAGCAUACUAUUCCUUCACCGCGAUCGCUUCUUAUCAAAUCUCAAACCACAUGCCGACGUAUUCCACGACACAAAUGAUGACAUCCAAGGCGAGCCAGAUACAAUCAAACAACUCUUCGAAGCAGCCCAACAGAUUGGAGGAAUCCUCUCAGCCCUCGACGCCUCUGGCGCACCGGUUAUAUCACCAUACUCAGGCUUCAGUGUCUUCGUCGCCGCCCAUAUCAACAUGUACGGAACAAUCGCCCCACAACGAUAUCCUGGGGGCCCGGAAAGAGCGGAAGAAGAGAAGAGCAGAAACCUCGUCUACCUCGAAAGACUAAGUAAACUUUGGCCAGUUGGUCGCAGCUGGUGGCGAACGGUCCAAGAAGCAAACCGCUUCUACGAAACCGUAAAAAGUAACCAGACAAACACGGACUCAGGAAUGCACAGUCCGCGCCGCUUCGCACUGGCAGGAACACUGGACGAAUACGGCGACAUCCGAUCACGACCGAGUAGAGAUGCACACGGGACUCGAGCGGCGACUACCGAGUCGGGCGAUACUCAUAGCUCACAUGCUGCUCAUGGGAGGACAUCUUUGUCGCCCGGUCUGCAGGGUGACUCUAAUUUGGAUAGUGCUUCGCUUGGUGGCCAUCAUGAUUUUGAAACUGAUAUGUUUCAAUGGCCUUUUAUCGAUGCUUCUUGGUCUACGGGGUUUGAUGCGGGGUUGGAUGGGCUUUGGUAUAAUUCCGGGCUUUUUGAUCCGAAUCCUUCAAUUCGAUGA